AUGAGUGGAAGAGGCAAAGGCGGAAAGGGACUUGGUAAAGGAGGCGCCAAGCGUCACCGUAAAGUUCUCCGUGACAACAUCCAGGGCAUAACUAAACCCGCCAUCCGUCGUCUGGCUCGCCGCGGUGGAGUCAAGCGUAUCUCGGGUCUCAUCUACGAGGAGACUCGCGGCGUGUUGAAGGUUUUCCUAGAGAACGUGAUCCGUGACGCCGUCACUUACACCGAACACGCCAAGAGGAAGACUGUGACCGCCAUGGACGUGGUCUACGCCUUGAAGAGACAAGGACGCACCCUGUACGGCUUCGGAAGUUAAACAAACAAUAAGGACCAUACAAUAACCAACAAAGGCUCUUUUAAGAGCCAAACACUCCACUAUGAGCUAUUUCCUGGUCUCAAAGUGUUCAGAAUAACAUCAAAAUGUUAUCACUAUACAACAGCACGUCUUUACAAGCAUAUACAUAUGACUAUGGUUUAACACAAAAAGCUUCAAAAAACAGCAACAGGGGAGUGACUGCGUGGAAGGAGAGAAACAGUUGGCAUCCACUUAAUCUGGUUCUAAAAUAAAUUGA